ACCAAACCUCCGCCUCCUCCCCUGCUCUCCCAUCGUCCGCAGAAGCCCACCCAAGUCCUCGUUCGCUCGCCGAGAUCCAUGGCGGCCGCGGCGGCUGGGAGAGGAUGCGCACGGGAGGAGGAGUUCGGCGAGCUCUUGUGGACCUGCUGUCCAUCGUGCGGGCCAGCAACCGCUGCCGCUGCCAGCAGCAGGAGGCGCGGGCGGAGAUCCCCUUGUGGGGCCGGCGCCGGCCGAGGAAGGCCCCGGCGGCGCCACCGAACGAGAAGCCCGCGGCCGAUGACGAUAGUAGCGAGGGCAUCGCCAGCCCGGACACCACGCUUGCCUUCCCCGAGGACGACGAGGCGGCGGCGACGGACGACGAGGCCAAGGCCAGCGCACAAGACAAGUGGCCGAGGUGGAGCUAUAGGCCACCGAGGUUGCCUAUGUCAUGGGAUGAGGAGGAGGAUGGCGAAUGGGAAGCACCGAAGAUUGACAACCCCAACUCCCCAAGUGUGAAGAGGCACCUGGUUGUGGUGAAUGGAAGAGGCGGAUGAAGCAGAAUCCUUCCUACAAAGGCAAGUGGCAUGCACCCCUGAUUGACAAACCCAGCUACAAGGGAAUCUGGAAGCCCCAAGAUAUCCCCAACCCUGAGUACUUUGAGCUUGACAAGCCUGACUUUGAUCCAAUUGCUGCUAUUGGAAUUGAGAUUUGGACAAUGCAUGAUGGCAUCGUUUAUGGCAAUAUUCUUUUUGCCGAUGAUUAGAAGGUAGCCACCUCUAUCCUGGACAAGACAUGGAAGCCCAAGUUUGAUGUUGAGAAGGAAAAAAGCAGAUGGCUUAGUGGAUCAUCUAGCCUCCCACUUGGCAAGGUGCAGCGGCCCUCUUCUUGUUUUCUCUUUCCCAAGAGCACAUCAUGGAUUAUCAGCAGGAUUGAGCCGAUGAUCUAGAUCGAGCAGGUCAAAGGAACUUGCCAGCAACACUCCUCUUUGAUCUGGACUUAAACGAGCAGAAAAUCUUUGAACAAGGGGUGGAUGGGGGUACACGGUUUGGUCCCCUGUGCAGAAUAAAACAGUUUUAUGAUACAUAGGCUACAAUUUUCAGAACUGAAACACAGGUAGGUUCCAGUUGUGAUUCCGAUGUACAACUUUGAUUAGUAUUUAUUCCCACCGGCUGUAUAUACUACCUAUGAAAUUUGUGGAAUUUUGAUCAAAUUUGUAAUGCAUGGCCUAUCAGCUUAUUCUCUGUUAUCUAGCUUGUUCAUCUGUUAGCCUAGCUAAAAUAAUUCUGCUGUUUGUAUUUGAUUGAAAAAUAUCAUGAGCUUACGAGUUGAUUUCACAUAUUUAUUUGACAAGCCCGGUUGUAUUUGGCAACCUCUGGCUUAAUUUUCAAUUUGACAGGCCUAUUGUUUAGUAUGUCUGAUAUACCACGCAAUUUGUACAAGAACCAAAGGAUUAUUGUAGUCUGCAUGUGUGCAUCCUCUGUAACUAUCAGUCUAUUAUGAUAACUGACAAUAAAUUAUGAUGGCAUCCAAGGAUUUGUACCCUGACUAUAAUGCUUUGCCAUCACCUUAGAUUAUGAGUUUGAUAUUUUAGGAAGCGUGUUACUUAGAACAACUUAUUAAGGUUAUCUGAAAACAUAGAUUACACAAAACCUGAGUUUUUGGAUGGACAAGAGCAAGUUGAUUAUGAUGUUAUC